GCGCAUCUACCUCUGCAACAGUACCAUAACCUAGCUGAUGCCACAAUGGACAAGAUGCUCGACUCCCUCGAGGGACUGCUAGACAAUCUGGGUCGGGCUGAUUACGAGGUUGAGUACUCGAGCGGCGUGCUGACACUCAUCCUCGGUGACAAAGGGACGUAUGUCAUCAACAAACAACCUCCGAACAAGCAAAUUUGGCUCUCCUCGCCAUUGAGUGGUCCGAAACGAUACGAUUACUCCGAAGAAGCGGACGACUGGAUAUAUGCCCGAGAUGGCAAAUCCAUGGGCGCGUUGCUUGACGAGGAGCUCUCUGCCGCUGUGGGGCAAGAGGUCAAGCUUGGGCUCAGCCAAGUUUCUGCUCUGGCAGAAUGA